AUGAAACCCCAUGAACUCUCUCAGGACAAGGUGUUCGUUAGCGCAUUCGUCACUGAGCCUAGCGAGGUCCAUGUCCAAAUUGGGCCAGCCUUCGACAUGACCAAAAGGAGUGUCCUUGAUCUCCGUGAUUCUGCCAUGGCUUAUCGCCUGUCGGCCCAGCUUCCUGAGCCCUCCCCAGCCACCAUUGCAACCCCAGUGGCGAGGAGUGGCCCCUUCGCCCCGGAAGAUUACACGAAACCAUACUGCGAAUUCAUGACAGCAAACCCCACGAUCUUUCACGCCGUUGAUGGUUUCACCAGGCAGCUCGAAAGCCAGGGAUACAAGCGCCUUCCCGAGCGCGAGACGUGGAACUCCAAGUUAGAGAAGGGUGGGAAGUACUACGUCACUCGGAAUGGUAGUGCUUUCAUCUCAUUCUCAAUUGGAAGAGAUUAUAAAAGUGGCAAUGGAAUGGCCAUUGUUGCAGGUCAUAUCGAUGCACUCACCGCCAAAUUGAAGCCCGUGUCCAAGCUGCCCAACAAGGCUGGCUUUUCCCAGCUCGGAGUUGCGCCCUACGCAGGCGCUCUGAGUGACACAUGGUGGGACCGCGAUCUCUCAAUAGGUGGCCGUGUUCUGGUCCAAGACUCCAACACCGGGAAAGUCGAGUCCAAAUUAGUCAAAUUGGACUGGCCCAUUGCUCGGAUCCCAACCCUGGCACCUCAUUUCGGGGCUCCCUCGCAAGGCCCCUUCAACAAAGAGACUCAGAUGGUGCCUAUAAUUGGCGUUGAUAACUCCGAUCUUUUCCAGCAGCAAGCCCCAUCCAAGAUAGAUCAAGACAACGGGAUCAAACCUGGUACAUUUGCAGCCACGCAACCGGAAAAGCUUGUCAAAGUCAUAUCCAAGGAGCUUGGUAUCACAGACUACAGCUCGAUUAUAAGCUGGGAGCUGGAGCUGUAUGACAGUCAACCAGCACAAGUUGGUGGCCUGGACAAGGACCUGAUUUUUGCUGGUCGCAUUGACGAUAAGCUCUGCUGCUAUGCCGCUCAGGAAGCUCUGCUUGCCUCAUCCGACAGUACUUCAACUAGCUCUAUCAAGAUGGUCGGUAUGUUUGAUGACGAGGAAAUUGGAAGCCUGCUUCGCCAGGGAGCUCGAUCCAACUUCAUGAGCAGUGUCAUAGAGCGUAUUACGGAAGCCUUCUCACCCAAUUACGGUCCUAACGUGCUGUCUCAAACUGUGGCGAACAGCUUCUUCGUGUCUUCGGACGUCAUCCAUGCGGUCAAUCCGAACUUCCUUGGUGUCUAUCUUGAGAACCAUGCUCCCCGUCUGAACGUCGGUGUGGCCGUCUCGGCUGACUCUAACGGCCAUAUGACAACAGACAGUGUGAGCUACGGAUUCAUCAAGCGUGUCGCUGAUCGAUGUGGCUCGACCUUGCAGGUCUUCCAGAUUCGUAAUGACUCCCGUAGUGGCGGGACUAUUGGACCCAUGACCAGUUCUCGCAUUGGCAUGAGGGCCAUUGACGUGGGGAUCCCGCAGUUGAGUAUGCACAGUAUCCGUGCGACUACCGGUAGUUUGGAUCCGGGAUUGGGUGUGAAGCUGUUCAAGGGCUUUUUCGACUAUUUCGAGGAGGUGGACAAGGAAUUUGCAGAUUUCUGA